UCCCGGGCCGCCAGCGCGGCGCGGCCGCGGCGCUCGAGUUCCGCCGCUGCCGGGGCCGCCGCCGCCCGUCCCCGCCUCCCCCUGCCCGCCGCCCCGGCCCCUUCCCCCGCCGGGGCCCCUCGGCCCGACCAUGGCCACCAGGAAGGCGGGCUCGCGCCUGGAGACGGAGAUCGAGCGAUGUCGCUCCGAGUGCCAAUGGGAGCGGAUUCCCGAGCUCGUCAAGCAGCUCUCGGCCAAGCUCAUCGCGAACGAUGACAUGGCAGAGCUUCUUCUUGGGGAAUCCAAACUAGAACAAUUUUUGAAGGAAAAUACUCUUAAACACAGUAACAGUCCCCGGGGCCCCCAGCCAAAGCUGACUGAGGUCAGGAAACAUCUCACGGCAGCACUUGAUAGGGGUAAUCUCAAGCCAGAAUUCCUACAAGAAGCUAACCUAAUAAUGGCCAAAUUAAACUAUGUGGAAGGUGAUUACAAAGAAGCUCUGAACACGUAUGCUAGAGUUGGUGUUGAUGACUUGCAGCUGACUGCAGUGCCUCCGUAUCGGCUACGGAUGAUUGCUGAAGCGUAUUCUACAAAGGGUCUCUGUCUCGAGAAACUGCCGAUAUCUUCCUCAGCGAGCAAUCUCCAUGUGGACCGUGAACAAGAAAUUGUCACAUGCUAUGAGAAGGCUGGGGAUAUUGCUCUCCUGUACCUUCAGGAGAUAGAAAGGGUAAUUAAUGCCAACAUACAAAACAGAAGCCCUAAGCCAGGGCCCACUGCACAUGAACAAGAGCUUGGUUUUUUCCUGGAAACAGGACUUCAGAGAGCACAUGUUCUAUAUUUCAAGAAUGGGAUAAAUGUGCAUGAAGAUCAACAGAACUUGACAAGAGGAGUUGGUAGAUUUAGAGAGUUACUAAGAGCUGUCGAAACAAGAACUACACAAAACCUGCGAAUGACAAUAGCAAGACAACUUGCAGAGAUUUUGUUACGAGGUAUGUGUGAACAGAGUUACUGGAAUCCACUGGAAGAUCCUCCUCACCAAUCACCCCUUGAUGAUCCACUUCGAAAAGGUUCAAAUAUGAAGAAUUAUGCACUCAGUAGGAGACCACGGGUAUACGCUGGAGAGAACAUUUUCUGUCCUCAAGAAAAUACAGAAGAAGCCUUACUGUUGCUGCUUAUUAGUGAAUCUAUGGCUAACCGAGAUGCUGUACUGAGCAGAAUACCAGAACACAAGAAUGAUCGCAUCAUCAGUUUGCAAAGUGCAUCUGUAGUCUAUGAUUUACUUACAAUAGCCUUGGGAAGAAGAGGCCAGUAUGAAAUGCUUUCAGAGUGUUUAGAAAGAGCCAUGAAGUUUGCAUUUGAAGAGUUCCAUCUCUGGUAUCAGUUUGCAUUGUCCUUGAUGGCAGCAGGAAAAUCUGCUCGUGCUGUUAAAGUCUUGAAGGAAUGUAUACGUUUGAAACCAGAUGAUGCAACAAUUCCACUCCUUGCUGCAAAGCUCUGCAUGGGAUCUCUGCACUGGUUGGAAGAAGCUGAAAGGUUUGCCAAAGCAGUUGUUGAUCUCGGGGACAAAACAUCAGAGUUCAAAGCAAAAGGCUACUUGGCACUGGGAUUGACUUACAGUCUGCAGGCUACUGAUGCAUCUUUGCGAGGGAUGCAAGAGGUCUUGCAGAGAAAGGCUCUUCUUGCAUUUCAGAGGGCUCACAGUUUGUCUCCAACGGAUCAUUUGGCAGCAUUUUACUUGGCACUGCAGCUUGCCAUUUCCAGACAGAUACCAGAAGCUUUGGGUUAUGUUCGUCAGGCUCUGCAGCUACAAGGAGAUGAUGCCAACUCUCUUCAUCUCCUUGCACUCUUGCUAUCAGCCCAGAAACACUAUCAUGAUGCUUUGAAUAUCAUUGAUAUGGCCUUGAGUGAAUAUCCAGAAAAUUUUAUAUUGCUGUUUACAAAAGUCAAAUUGGAGUCCCUGUGCAGAGGCCCAGAUGAAGCACUCCUUACCUGUAAACACAUGCUCCAGAUUUGGAAAUCCUGCUACAAUCUAACCAACCCAAGUGAUUCUGGACGUGGGAGCAGCUUGUUAGACAGAGCUAUUGCUGAUAGACGACAGCUCAAUACAAUUACAUUACCGGAUUUCAGUGAUCCUGAAACAGCCUCUGAUACUUCCUCAUCUUCUCUCUCAAGAACAGAGUCUCCUCUCCAACUGUUUGUAUCUUCUCAUCUUCCUCAUCCUCAUCCUAAACCAGAUACCUUUGUCUGGCCCCAUGCAGCCUCUCCAUACUGUGACCAAGUUCCUGAGCCCUGUUCACCUACUCGCUGCAAUCCAUCAGAUGCUUACUUUCAUGGGGUUUACUCCCUUUUUUCAGUUUGUAAGUAGUAUUGACUGUGCAGUUCUAUUAAUUUCUGAAGGACUAAAAUCACCUUUUCCUUCAGCACAAGAUGUACCUGUUUUGUCCAUCAGUAGUUGAAGCUUGAUAGUGUGUAAAGCAAGGCUGAUGCUCUUUGCCCAUUCAGUCACCCUAAGGGCUGUAAUCUUACGAGACCUGAAUGCACUCAACUAACACUUGCAUUUAAUAAUUAAAGAGGCAGUAUUCAUUUCUAGAGGACUGCAAAUAAAGAUAUACUAGGCAGAUCUUGUGUAACACAGUGGCCAACUGCCAGUACAUUGUCUUAUAGCACUGCUGUUCCUGAAGAUGUAUGCUGAUCCAGAGCACAGUACUGCAACUACUGUCAUGACUCGUAAUAAGCUACUACUUUCUUUUGUGGUACAAGUUUUGCUUGUAAAAUAAAUGAAGAGUACACUUUGAAAUAAUGAAAUUAUGAAAGCAGACUAAAUAAGAAAGAAUGAAGAAUAUAGAUCAAUAAAAAUAACUGCUGUUUUAAUCAGGAUAUGAAUUAAUAUUCUUUUUCUCUAACCAGUUACUUUAUAAAGCUGUGUCCAUAGCAUUCAGUUGUAUUUUUCAUUGAUUACUUUACCUUUGCAUAAAUUUUUUGGGGUAGUACAGGAGAUCAAUUUGGUGAAGGAGAAAAAAGUAAGAUGAUACAUAAGCCAACAUGUUUCACAGUGACUAAGCACAGAAAAUCUUUUUCAAAGAGCUGAGAGGAUGCUUUGCGAUUGAUGCUGUCCUUACUUGACUACUGUCAUCUCCAUGCACAACUUUGUAGUAAAAGAUAAGUUAGCUUUGUAAUUUGUGAUUGUGAAAAGUAUCUCAGACUCUUAAUGAAUUUUAGAUGAAAAAAAUUGUGAAUUUUGGCUAAAUCUGCCAAUCUGUCAUAUCAAAUGCAUCACUUCAGGGAUGUAUUAGUCCUGCAGAAGGUGCUGCCUCUUUGUAUUAUGUAAUUGCUUUUCUUACAGUUCUCUGUGUGUCGCACCACUAAUGUUCUUACUUCCAGCUCUUUGUGUGCAUGGAAAGUUGAGUCAUGGAGGUUUUCAUCUUUUCUCCUGCAUGAGCAUUGCAGUUAAAGCAUUUUUUUCUUUAUGUGGAUAUUGAAAUGUUUAAAAUGGGAUGAAUGUAAAACUAUUGAGUAACAUUCUCUUUUAUGGCUUAAAAAGAAGUCCUGCCAUAGUGGUUUUGUGAGUUCAUAUGAACAUGUUCAAUGAAGGAUGACAAUCCAUUCUAUUACUCAUUUUCAGGAGGGAAAUUGAUGUACACAGCAAAGUGAUUUUGUUUUUCCCAAAGCUGUCAUGCCAUCUAGGUCCUGAUAGAGUCCACAUAUUAGUUUAUGUCCAUUACAUUGCAUUGUGAGGAAUUUAUGUGGAAAUGACCAGGGAAAGAGCUGAAGAAGUCAUGACACACUCAUUUACAGAGUGUGUGGUAUUUAUAAAUGGUAUUUAAUGGAUGAGUUCAUGUGGACUCUCGUGUAACAUUUAUGAAAAGCCUGAAGAGAAUAAAUUGAAUACUUUAUUCACAAAAAUUAACUGUAGGUGUGACUUGGAAAAGAAAGGUUUCUGUGACAUGACGUAACUUCUUGGGUAAAUUGUUUUUGGUCAAGGCUCUUGGUAGGUUUUCUAUUUGAGAUUGAGUUGAAACAUUGAAUCUGCAACAUGGUUGUUUGCAGGCAGGAUGUUAGUAUGAUGAGAUUCUAGGCAAGUGCCAUUAUAGGAAAUUUGAGUGGGAGGUUAUACCUUUUUGGUAUAGGAACAUUUUGACAUGGUUAAGACCUUCUGUCACACUUUGCAAUGUGAUUGUGAUUCCAGAUGUUAAUCAGUUUAACUAGUGAAUUCUAGGUCUUGCAAAGACAGUCCCUGUUUCACACUUGGCAUUUUUAGUAUAAACAAGCUUUAGAACAAAGCUAAACAAAUGAAAGUGAGUAACCAGGAUCUAUUUUGGUGAUAUAUUAAUUUUCCAGGCCUCAUGAUUUCCAUUUCAAAAUAAAUAUUCUUUGCUGCUUGUGUUAUUUGGAGGGAAUUUUUUCUUGAGUCUCAAAUGUCACAUUAUAACAGCAGGUAUAGAAGUUACCCAGGAAGAGCAAAGGUAUUUUUGUGCAUGAAAGAUCAGUAAAAUUUUAAAUGAAAAAUUGCUGCAACUCUAUCUGAGCAUUUGAAGGAAGCUACAAUACAGUGAAUUGUUAGUGGAAGUGAGGAUAUGUUUGUGUUGGCUGUGAGUCCUGACCUCAGACCAAAGAAAGCCAAACACAGAUAAGAUGGAGACAAGAGAGCAGAGCUGGUGACAAAACCAACAGGGAACCUCCAAAUAAACUGCCUACAUACGAUUUAUAAAGCCUCAAGGAGACUCUAAGACAUAGUUGUUACCCUCAGUUUCUCACAAGCCACUUUGUAUCUUUACCAGUUGUAGCUGAAAUUACUGUAUGUUUCAGAACUGUCAUGUGAGUAUAAAGAUCUGAACCUGUUAGGAUAUCCUGGGUAAGGACAAGGGUACAGAUAAGUUAGUUCUAAUAUGAAAACACUUGAAUAAAAUUUGAAGGAAGGUAGGAAAAAACUUCUUAGUACACAAGAUCUUUAAAUAGUGUUUAGUUUAUGAAAUGAAAAGUUUGCUAAAUGUGUUUUAACAAAAAGAGCCAGAAAUGAAUCAGAUGACAGCUAAUUGUGGCAGUACUAAAGAAGUAUUUAGGGCUUUAUGGGUCAGAGUAUUAGCAUGAGUGCAAUGUCCCUGAAAGAUGCCUGAUUGGCCAUUGCUUUAUGUAUGUCUGUGUUUUCUUCAGAGAACUAAUUGCUGCAAUAUGUUAAGGAGUACCUUUUCCUAAAGAGAAAAUAUAAACAAUUUAAAUAAUACCACUUCAAAGAAAAAUUUUAGAAAUACUUUUAAAUUUUUCCCUCUUUUUAUGCCAUUCUUUGUAAGGUCCAGGUAGGAAGCACUCAUUAUUCAUGCUGUUUAAUUUUAAUACAGAUGGGACAGAAACUCAUAAGAAUCGUAUCCCAGUAUAGUUCUUUUUUAUAAAUAAAUUGAUGUAAAAAAAGUUUUAAUAAUGUAUUAUCAUAUGUGCUUUAUGGUUAAAUACUGGAGCCUUAAAAUCUAACAGCACACUUUCUAUAUGAAAUUACUUGUGCUCUGGCUAGCAGCCAGAGUCCUUGCUUUAAAUAAUAGAAAAUAUAGACCAAUAUAGACCCUUUUUAAUACUAAAUUGCAUACUUGCUUUUCCAAAGGAACAGGUUAGAUCAUCUCCUUUAUGGCAAUGAAUUGCACCUUUUCUUUAAAAAUUGUUCUGGAGAGAAUAAGGUGCUUUCACUGUUAGUCCCUGGAAGGCUAACAAGAGCCAGGCUGCAGUGAUGUGCUUUACAGAAAUGGCUGUCAGACAAGAAGAGGGUUACUCGUGACUAGUGCUUAUUUUUCGUACACUUGCUAGUAUUUUUCUUAUAACAUACUCCAUGUGCUUCUUGCCUAGACUUCCCUUUUAAAUUUCUUCUGAAUUUAAGCUUUAAAAUAGGAGACACAAAAACUAUAGUGAAUGUUCAGCUGUGCAGGCUGGACUUCAAGUUGUUUCAUCAGCCAGUAAAAAGAAAAGCAAACUCUGCUGCCAGACACUGUUUCAGAUAUCCUGGGCAAUUCCUUGCUCAUAAUGACAUGAAAUGCUAAUUAUGUCCUGUGCUGCUUUUCCUUUGUUUCUUUCAAUUAAGGGAACUAUGAUGUAUACUUUAAGACUAACUUCCUCUUCCUACUGAUCUGUGUACUGGGAAUUUCUGAUGCUUUCUGGUUUGUUGAGUUAUCUUGUCACACUUAAAAAUAUAUAUUUCAUGUGACAGAGCUCUUCUCAUUAAAAUUCUUAGAAAACCUGUGAUAUCAAGUGAAGAUUUUGUUAAUUUCUUAACUUGUAAUGAUGAGGACAAGCUUUUGGGGUGCAGUUCAACUUGUAUGCAAUUCAAUACUUUCUUUUGGAGUAUUUGCCAUUGUUGAUCAUUAUGGAUAUGGUGAUGGAAUUAGACAAUUUCUCAUCUGAUCCAUUAUGGAAUAUUUUACUGCCUUUAUUUUUUAAUCAGGCUUAAUCAGUAUGAGAUUUUGUAAUUUGUAAUUAUAAAACAACUAGAGAUAUGCUGAGGAUCAGAUGACAAGAAGGAGUGUAGUUUAAAACAUUCAUGGUCUUGAUUUAAAAAAAAAGUCAUGACUAAAUAUGCUGGCAGUAAUUGACUAUCCAAAGUACAGUUGCCAUUAGAUAUUCUCUAGUCAUAGAAGCUUUUUAAUUCCAGUACUUUGAAAAGGUUAUUAUUUGCCAAUGAGAUUCUAAUCUGACUUGGAAAUGAUACAUUUUAUGAGAAUUAUCCUUAGUAUGCUCUGGGAAUGUUUUCUAUGCAAAAAAACUUUGUGGACUUUUUUUGCCACAAGGUACUUUAACUCAGCCUUCUUGAUUAGGCAAGUUUUACAUUCAGUGCAGUUUGAUGAUGUAUUUGUGAUAGUGUAUGUCAUGAUCACUGUGUGUAUUUUAGUUCUCUUUUUUGUUCUGUUAUUAGUUGUAAAAUAAUCCUCUAAUUGCACUCUGUGGAAAGAUGUGGUUAAUACUAACAUCAAAGUGAAUGCAGCAACCUGAAGACUACAGUGUAUGAUACCACCAAAAGACCUUUUUUGGAUUUCACAUUGCCAGAAAAGAGGUGUCAGGUUUAAUAGAGAGUAUUCAUGGUAGCAACCCCCAAAAAAGUCAGGUACAGUUACCAAAGUUUAGUGUGUUUUUUAUAUAGACUUUCAGACCAAUAUGAAAGCUUUCAUUAGAAAAUUAAUCUGGCAUUUAAAAACAUUCUCCAAAAUGGUAAAUGUAAAUUAAAUAUUGAGUUUGGGGUACAGCCUCUUAUGAAAAAGGUUGCAAUUAAAUGUUUUAUGCCAUGUAUAUGGCCUUCAUUAUUUCUGUGCUGGU